ACUCGCGGCAAUCCCUGAUAAGAUUAGGUCUCGCCUAUUUCCCAACAAUUCACUUGAGUAUUUCAAUUCAGACUGAACGAAUUCUACCGUUUUCAACUGAUUUGCGCACUUUCUUCUAUUGUACGACCGAGGAUGAGGAAGGCGUUUUUCCUUACUUUCGCCUCCUUUUGGCUCUUCAGCGCCUCGGCUUCCCGUCCUCCGCAAAGUCCGAGGCCCAAAUACCAAGAUGUAUUCAACGUGAACAGGCAAAGCAGGCCUCAGGCGAGAGCUGGCAUAGGUCCCUUCGGAGGACCCAGGGACCCUUUUAACCCCAACAACGAUAUUGACGACGACAGGACUGCACCCUCGGGAGACAGGCCGGGCCCGGGCGACUUGCCCUAUGUCAUCUCGGAGGAUAGACUUCGGAAGAUCCGUUCCAAUUUCCUCUAUUGGUUCUUCGACAAGGGCGGACCAGACGGGCAUGGCGAUCUGCAGAAGGACAUCCACUCGUCUUCCACCCAGAUCCACAAAAACUUCAACUUCCAGCUACCUUUCUUCGGCUUUCGAUUCAAUUAUACAAGGGUGUCCUUAAACGGUUAUCUCGAAUUUUCGGACCCACCAGAGCAAUUCACGUAUCCGCUCCAGUUUCCGACGACCGAGUGGCCGAGGAAGAACGAUCCCAGUUUCAUCGGCAUAUUCUAUAGUAAAUGCCGUAUCGGCCAGAUCCGGGACAACGACGUAGAUCAAAGGCCGGCGGGACUUUACUUCAGGAUGGAACGUGAUUUAAUGACGAGGACAGACCGUUUCGGCGUGGAGAUGCGAGAGAGGCUCAAAUGGGACAUUAGAGAAGGGGUCAUCGGUUCGGAUUCGUUCGUACCGAAGCACGCGGUCAUCGUCACAUGGAAAAAUGUCACUUUCGCGGGUGGAAUCGAGACCGCUAUGCAGACUACGAACACCUUCCAACUAGUCCUGGCGACAGAUGAAGUCAUCACCUACGCUAUGUUCAAUUACGCGGACAUCAAAUGGACCACGCAUACCGAAGCGAACGGUGAUACGACUCGAGGUGAAGGCGGGACACCCGCGUUCGUCGGUUUCAACGCUGGAAACGGUACUCGAUCUUAUCAGUACGCUCCUUACUCUCAAGCAAGUACUAUUCGAGAUCUGACCGGUCGGGGUUGGGCGAACGGUUUCCCAGGAAGACAUAUGUUCAGGAUAGACGAAAAUAUCCUGCCAGGAUCUUGCAACAAAGACAUUGCGGCUGCGAGUCUAGCGCUCAACUUCGCCCCAGAGUCAGGCAACAUGCUUGGCGGUACUAUCGUUAACAUCACAGGACCGUGUUUCAACAAAGAAAUGAAGAUUAUAUGCAGGUUUGAUACAACUCCUACCCUUGGAACUGUAGUGGACACUAACCGUGCCAUAUGCGUCCAGCCUUUCAUCAUGGCUGAGGGAUACAUUCCGUUCGAGAUUUCGAUCAAUGACGACAAAUACAUAUGGAAAGGCUUGUUCUUCGUCGAAACUCCUGCAACGGCCGCUCAGAGGAUAUCGUUCGCGGACAACAAGAUAAACGAUGCUUACCCGUCAGAUAUUAAAAUAACGUGGAACAAGUACAAUUUGACGUCCAACACGGCAGCUCCUCUUCAGAUAUCCAUCUGGGGAUAUAAGGAAACUAACAUUUCCCCCAAGUUGCUGUAUAUCGAUCUCAUAGAAGCCGGUGUGGCCAAUACGGGCAGUUAUGUUAUUCAACCCGCAAGUUUCAGAAACAGGAACAACUAUGAACUUUCCGAGCUGACCUUCGGAUUCAUUCAGAUCAACCUGACUAAUCCGACGCAAUACCAAGGCCUUUCGAUUACCCCAGUUAUAUGGAGUAAACCGAUCCCACUUGGUUGGUACUUCGCCCCUCAAUGGGAGAGGGUCUACGGCAAGAAAUGGCCGGAGGCAAAAUGUGACCAGUGGCUCAUGAACGAUCGGUUUCUCAAGAAUUUCGCCAACGAGCUCGCGCAGUGUCCUUGCACGCUUUCGCAGGCUUUGAACGACAAGGGACGUUUCCUCCCCGACCCGGACUGCGAUAUGAUAGCGAAUCCCAACUGCUUCUAUCACAAGGGAGCCAGGCAUUGUGUGAAAACCGGAGCUCCCAACUUGGAAGGAGCGGAACAGCAGUGUUGCUACGAUAAAAACGAAUAUCUGAUGCUCUCCUACGACCAACAGUGGGGUUCGUCGCCGAAGAGGUCUUCCAAUCUGGGGCUCCUUCCGUGGACGGAGCCGAACAAAGUGCCGACCCUCUCUCAAUGGUGGCACGACAUGAGUCCCUUCUACCACUGCUGCUUGUGGCAGUCGGAGCAGGCGGUUGGUUGCGAGACCCUCAGGUUCGAGAGACGACCGAGCCAAGACUGCGUCGCCUAUCAAUCACCUUACAUCGCCACCGUCUUCGGCGACCCUCACAUCGUCACUUUCGACGAGCUCGAAUAUACCUUCAACGGCAAAGGCGAGUUCGUCCUCUUACACUCGUCUACGGACAAAUACAAGCUCGACGUCCAGGGCAGAUUCGAACAGGUCAGCCGUAACAUUUACGGCGAAUCUGAUGCCACCCUUCUCACAUCUGUAGCCGCGAGAGGAAAUAACUCCGCUAUCAUCGAAGUACGUCUCCGUCCGAGAUACGCCCAGUGGCGUUACAGACUUGACGUUUUUGCGAAUAAAAGACGGAUCUUUUUCGACCGACCCGCUUUCAGGGUACAGCACUUCCGUGGUGUGACAGUUUACCAACCGUCGCAGGUACUCGACCAAUCACAGAUAGUCAUUAUGUUCGAAACGGGUGUCGGUGUAGAGGUUGUGGAAAACAAGGGCUACAUGGCUUGCAGGGUGUAUUUACCUUGGAUGAUGAUCAAUCAAACUCGAGGAUUGCUGGGUAACUGGAGUUUCGACAUGACCGAUGAUUUUACAACACCCAACGGUGACAUAGUUCAAAUCGGCGAUCUUCAAGAUUUCGAAAGGAUCCACAAGGAUUUCGCGAUCAAAUGGCUUUUAGAAGAUAAAGCCGACCCAAGGAAGGGAGAGCCUCUAUUUAUCCGUGAAUACGGUAGAACUGCGUCGUACUACACGAACAGGACGUUCGUCCCGGAAUGGGGGAAGACACCGCAGGACAUCCUCCCGCCCAACAGGACCAAGGACAUUCAAAGGGCCGAAGAACUUUGCGGAGACUCAUACCAAUGCAAGUACGACUACUCGGUCAGCCUCAACAAAGAGCUGGCUAAGCAGACUCUCGAAUACUACAGCGAGUUCACUUCGAUUAAACACAUAAAUAAAAUGCGAACUAUGAGUUGCGGUGUACUCGAGACGCCGAGGUUCGGCAGGAAGAGCAACUUCUUUUUUGUUCCUGACACGAAGGUGAUAUUUGAAUGCGACCAAGGAUUCAUCCUCGUCGGUGACCAGCAGAGAAAAUGCUCUGCCCAGGGGAAAUGGAUCGAAGGGGACAUCGGCUACACUGAGUGCCUGAGGUACGUCGAAUACGACAGACAACAGCUGGCCUACAUGUCACUGACGAUAGUUGCCGUUUUGCUGCCUCUCGUCUUGAUACUGGUAUGCGCCGGGGCUUGGGUUUACGGGCGGUACGCGAAGGACGUGAAGGCCGGAAACGGUUCCAGCUGGAAAUUCGUGAGGAGGAGGGCCUCCGGGGAGCCCAUGUUCCGCCAGAAGGAGGAACAACGACUCAUGAGGAACCCGUCCAAUUUCGACGCCGUUUACAACACCAACGAGCCCCUGCCUCACAGGCCGGUCAUCGACUUCGAGGACAACGAGGCUCAGGAGACGGACAGCUCCUUCGAAUCGCCCUCGACCUCCCAUCCAGAGAAGAUGAAGAGGCACGGCAGCGUCGAAACCGAUAUUUUCUGAGCCCCCCCCCCCCACAACCGCCACCCAUACACUAUCGGCUUACCCCUUUAUAUACAAAAUACAGGAUCCGCAAGAAUUUUUUUCUUAGAUCGAGUGUAAAACUCAAAACAAUACAAAAAUCAAAAUGGCGAACCUUAAUAAUUAUUCCAAAUAAUAGAAUACGCCUUGAAAAUUUGAAAGUCAAAUCAAGACCCUACCUACGGUUUUUCUCGAUUGACUAUUUUCUCCAAAGAUUUUCUUUAUUUUUUAAAAGUGUUUUACAACAAAAAUGUCACAAAUAAUCUCCAAAUGAGGUCGAAGAUCGACUGUGAAA